AUGGACAAGGAAAAGGAAAAGGAAAUGAAGGAAGGUGGCAGCCAUGGAGGAGGAGGCCGAGGAGGAGUUGUUGCCGUUGGAGCGGCAAAAGUAGUGAAGAAACAAAAGGUAUCGUUCCAUAAGCUGUUCACCUUCGCCGACCGGCUCGACGUGAUCUUGAUGGUUGUGGGGACGAUAUCAGCGGCGGCCAAUGGGGUGUCGCAGCCGCUCAUGACAGUCAUCUUCGGCGGACUCAUCAACUCCUUUGGCAGCUCCGAUCCAUCCCAGGCCGUUAAAGAAGUCUCUAAGAUGUCACUAGAGUUUGUAUACUUGGCUAUUGGUGCGGGCAUAGCUUCAUUUCUACAGGUGGCAUGUUGGAUAGUUACAGGAGAAAGACAGGCCUCUCGAAUUCGUAGUUUGUACUUGAAAACGAUACUGAGGCAGGACAUUGGCUUCUUUGACACUGAAACAACAACCGGAGAAGUCAUCGGGAGGAUGUCCGGCGACACCGUGCUGAUUCAAGACGCCAUGGGUGAAAAGGUAGGGAAGUUCGUACAGCUGGUUUCUACAUUUGUGGGUGGAUUUGUGAUUGCGUUUGCGAAAGGAUGGCUUCUUUCUCUAGUGUUGCUUUCCUGUAUACCUCCCAUUGUUAUUGCUGGUGGAGCCAUGUCUAUCCUCAUGGCUAAAAUGUCAGGCCGUGGACAAGUUGCUUAUGCUGAUGCUGGGAACAUAGUAGAACAGACCGUUGGAGCCAUAAGAACAGUUGCUUCUUUUACUGGGGAGAAGCAAGCAAUAGAAAAGUAUAACAAGAAGUUGAAAAUCGCCUACGCUGCUACAGUUCAACAAGGGCUGGCCACAGGGGUAGGGCUAGGUUUAGUUCUUGUGAUUAUAUUUUGCAGUUAUGCCCUCGCGGUAUGGUAUGGAUCCAAACUUAUCAUUGAAAAAGGAUACAGUGGGGGACAAGUCAUCAAUGUUAUCAUGUCCAUCAUGACUGGUGGAAUGUCAUUGGGCCAGACAUCCCCUUGUAUGAAUGCAUUUGCAUCAGGGCAAGCUGCAGCAUAUAAAAUGUUUGACACAAUCAAACGAGAACCAAAGAUUGAUGCCUAUGACACAAGUGGGAUUGUAUUGAAGGACAUAAGAGGUGAGAUAGAACUAAAAGAUGUGCACUUCAGGUACCCUGCAAGGCCAGAUGUGCAGAUUUUUUCUGGAUUCUCAUUGCAUGUUCCAAGUGGCAAAACUGUUGCCCUAGUUGGGCAGAGUGGAAGUGGGAAAUCUACAGUGAUCAGCCUAGUAGAAAGAUUUUAUGAUCCUGAUGAGGGUCAAGUGCUUGUAGAUGGUGUGAGUUUGAAGAAGUUGCAUCUUAAAUGGAUAAGGGACAAGAUUGGCCUUGUUAGUCAGGAACCUAAUUUGUUUACAACAACUAUAAAGGAAAACAUAGGAUAUGGGAAAGAAAAUGCAACUGAUGAGGAGAUUAGAAAUGCAAUUGAGCUUGCUAAUGCAGCAAAAUUCAUAGACAAACUGCCCAAGGGCCUUGACACAAUGGUAGGGGAGCAUGGAACUCAGCUUUCUGGUGGACAAAAGCAAAGAAUUGCAAUUGCAAGGGCCAUUCUGAAGAACCCUAGAAUCCUGCUCCUCGAUGAGGCAACAAGUGCAUUGGAUGCUGAGUCUGAACGCAUAGUUCAAGAUGCACUGGUGAACAUUAUGGAAAAUAGAACAACUUUGGUUGUUGCACAUCGUUUGACAACUAUUAGGAAUGCUAACAUUAUUGCAGUGGUGCAGCAAGGGAAAAUUGUGGAGAAAGGAACUCAUGUGGAGUUGAUAAGAGAUUCAGAUGGGGCUUACUCCCAGCUGGUUCGUCUGCAAGGAAGAGCUAAAGCAGAAACCACUGAAACCUCUGACACAGAUAACAAGGCAGAUACAAAUUUAGAUAAGAGCAUGGCCAAACUUGGGAGCCAAAGAAGAUCUCUGGCGAGGUCCUUAAGCAGAGGUUCAUCCGGUAGCCAGGGGUCUUUCGCAAUGAAUUAUGCAGUCCCCGGCGUCCCGAUCAGUUUUCUUGAGACUGAAGAUAUAGAUGAGAAGGAUUAUGAAAUAACAGAUAUGGAUAUUGAGAAGCGUAAAAAGGCUUCCACAAAACGGUUGGCCUACCUGAACAAGCCUGAGAUUCCAGUUUUGCUGUUGGGAUCUGUUGGUGCAGCCGUACAAGGUGUGAUCUUCCCCAUCUUUGGCCUCUUACUCUCAUCAGCAAUAGGAAUGUUCUUUGAACCUCCAAGCCAGCUGCGAAAAGAUUCUCAAUAUUGGGCAAGUGUGUAUGCAGGUUUGGGUUGCAUUGCUCUAGUGGCCAUUCCUGUACAGAAUUACUUCUUUGGAGUUGCAGGUGGGAAAUUGAUACUGCGAAUUCGUUCCAUGACAUUUGAGAAGAUUGUGCACCAACAAAUAAGUUGGUUCGAUGAUCCUGCAAACUCAAGCGGCGCAAUUGGUGCAAGGUUGUCUACUGAUGCUUCCACAAUCCGAAGUCUUGUUGGUGAUACCCUGGCUCUAGUUGUGCAGAAUAUAGCAACAGUCAUUGCAGGGCUAGUCAUAGCAUUUACAGCAAACUGGAUGCUGGCUUUUAUAAUUCUAGCUGUGUUGCCCUUGGUGUUAAUACAAGGAGCCCUUCAGGCCAAGUUUAGCAAGGGGUUUAGUGCGGAUGCCAAGGUGAUGUAUGAAGAAGCGAGUCAAGUGGCAAAUGAUGCCGUCGGUAGCAUCAGAACUGUUGCAUCAUUUUGCUCUGAAGAGAAGGUGAUGGGUUUGUACCAGAAGAAGUGUGAUGGCCCCAAGAAACAAGGAGUUCGAUUAGGACUGAUAAGUGGGAUAGGUUUGGGCUUCUCUUUCUUUGCACUCUACUGCACCAACGCAUUCUGUUUCUACAUUGGUUCUGUUCUUGUGCAACAUGGGAAAGCAACAUUUGGGGAAGUUUUCAAGGUUUUCUUUGCUUUGACAAUAUCAGCAGUAGGGGUUUCCCAGAGUAGUGCCUUGGCUCCAGACAGCAACAAAGCCAAGGAUUCAGCAGUUUCAAUACUUGAUAUUCUUGACAGCAGACCUAAGAUAGAUUCAAGCAGCACUGAUGGCAUCACACUACCAUCUGUCACUGGGAAUAUUAAGCUAGUUUGUGUCAGCUUUAGAUACCCCACACGUCCAGAUAUUCCAAUCUUCACAAACCUGAGUUUGAAUAUCCCCUCUGGAAAGACGGUUGCUUUGGUUGGAGAAAGUGGCAGUGGGAAAUCAACAAUAAUCAGCCUCAUAGAGAGAUUUUAUGAUCCUGAUUCAGGUACUAUACUGUUGGAUGGUGUGAAGAUCCAAACUUUCAGGAUAAGCUGGCUUAGACAACAGAUGGGUUUGGUCAGUCAAGAACCUAUCCUCUUCAAUGAAACCAUUCGUACCAACAUAGCCUAUGGCAGCCAAGGGGAUUCUACCGAGGAAGAGAUCAUUGCAGCCACAAGAGCAGCAAAUGCACACAACUUCAUAUCCUCUCUGCCUCAAGGCUAUGACACCUCUGUAGGGGAACGAGGAGUGCAGUUAUCCGGCGGCCAAAAGCAACGGAUUGCCAUUGCAAGGGCUAUACUAAAGGACCCAAGAAUCCUUUUGCUCGAUGAGGCCACAAGUGCACUAGAUGCCGAGUCUGAACGAGUAGUACAGGAUGCUCUGGAUAGAGUGAUGGUAAAUAGGACGACUGUCAUUGUUGCUCACCGCCUUACCACGAUCAAAGGAGCUGAUAUAAUCUCGGUGGUGAAGAACGGCAUAAUCGCCGAGAAGGGAAGCCAUGAUGAGCUGAUGAAGAUCAGUGAUGGGUCCUAUGCCUCCUUAGUAGCACUUCAUAUGAGUUCUUCAGCAUAAGGUGAAAACGAGAACCAAAAAUAAAACAGUAGGACAAGCCCUAUCUUGCUUUGCAACCAUGGAUAACUUUAGGUGAUGUAAGAAGAGCUUUACUAGCAAAAAAACCGGUUUCGCUCUAAAUGUAAAUGGGAAGUUGUUUAUACAGUAGAAACAGUCGGA